UUGGACGAUCAACGUCGAGGACAGACGCGUCCGUCGUCGCUGCUUUUAUUUGGUUUUAACAAAUCCAUUUGGUACAAGAAACAAGAUGGAAGUGUUUAUUUUGCUGCUCGUCUUUUGUCCUUUAGCAUCUUCAGUGAUCCACUCCCUGAAGUACUUCGACACUGGAUCCUCCCACGUGCCAAACUUCCCAGAGUUUGUGAUUGUUGGGAUGGUUGAUGGUCUUCAGAUUGUUCAUUAUGACAGCAACACUCGGAGAGCAGUACCCAAACAAGACUGGAUGGACCAGGUCACAACAGGUGACCCACAGUACUGGGAGAUGGAGACUGGAAAUAUGAUGAGAUACCAGCAGGGCUUCAAAACCAACAUUGAGACUGUGAAGCAGCGCUUCAACCAAACUGGAGGCGUCCACAUUGUUCAGAGGAUGAGUGGCUGUGAUUGGGACGAUGAGACUGGAGACAUUAAUGGAUAUGAACAGCAUGGUUAUGAUGGAGAAGACUUCAUCGUACUGGACCUGAAGACAGAGACAUGGGUCGCUCCGACACCACAGGCUCUCAUCACCAAACUGAGAUGGGAUCAAGACAAAGCUAGGUUGGCUUACUUGAAGAACUACUACACCCAUGAGUGUGUUGACUGGCUGAAGAAGUAUCUGCAGUAUGGGAGCAACAGUCUCCAGAGGACAGUCCCUCCCUCAGUGUCUCUGCUCCAGAGGUCUCCCUCCUCUCCAGUCACCUGCCAUGCUACAGGUUUCUACCCUGACAGAAUCGUGAUGUUAUGGAGGAGAGAGGAAGAGGAGGUCCAUGAGGAGGUGGUCCAUGGUGAGCUCCUCCCCAACCACGAUGGAACCUUCCAGAGGAGCAUUCAACUCCUCGUUGACCUUUCAUCAAUGAAGUCUGAGGAGUGGCAGAAGUACCACUGUGUGGUUCAGCUUUCUGGGAUGAAGGACGACAUCAUCAUCAAACUGGACCCAUCACAGAUCAAGACCAACUGGAAAGAUCCUGCCACCAUCAUGCCCAUCAUCAUUCGAGUGUUUGUUGCUGUCAUCGUCAUCGCAGCCAUUGGCGUGGCUUGGUACAAGAAGAACAGAUGCGGUGGAAUCAUAUGAAAUGGUUCAAAUGUUUGAUUUGUUUUUCAUCAAGCUGAUAUUCUAGAAGUUUAGAUGGCUCUCUUAUCCAGCCUCUCACUGAGUCUUACAUGUAGCGUCACACUGAGAGAUCUAGAGAGAGAGACAGAGAGAGACAGAGACAGAGAGAGAGAGAGAUUGUUCUGAAGGUAUUGUCUGAUUUACUCCAGUCAAGAUCAUAGUAACUUAAAAUAAAUCAACAUUAUAACCAACCUAACACUUGGGUCAAGGGUCAUCUGGAGAUGUGGUUCAGAGUGGGGGGAGGGAGAACAGGGAUAAUGUAUAAUAUAUGGUGUCUUCCUCUGUGACGCCCUUAAUCAUUUGUUUUAUGUCUUCAUUUCAGCCAAGCGCCCUCCACCUUGUAAGUAGAUGUUGUUUUUUACUUCAUGACCAGGUCGUGAAACUUUCACACCACCUUACUGAAGCAGAAAUGUCAUUAUUACACUUUCAACUUUUUACAGCUGAGGAGAAAAUAGGCAAUCCAAAAACUAGGGCAAAUUCUGCAGUUGUUGUCAAAUCGUGGCUUUUCCUCACAUGUUGUGGUCCAGUAGCUCGCUUCAGGAGAAGUUUGGUAACGGACUG